AUGAGACUUGGUAUGUCGAUCGAGGCAGCUGAUGUCAAGUUUGAAUUCAGCACAUCUUUGAAGGAAACACAGGCUUCGGUGCGGAGCCUUGCUACCGCUGUCGGCCGUAUCCUGGGGUGCAGCGAGGACGUGUCUCGAAGACUGGCCAGUAUGGAGGCCGGCAUCACAGGAACCGAUCGAUGCACCGCUACGGCAACUCUGAUUUCGUCAGAGUCCAGUGAUGAUACAUCUACAAUUAGUCCUCUGGUACAAAAUACUUCAGAUGACCUCACAGCAAUAUCACAGAAACCGAAGUCUCAGUUCGACCCAUCCGUGGAGUCCGAAAUGUAUGAGUCCAGAGUGUAUUCACGUGCUAUCCGACGGUUUUCGACCUUAUCUCUACCUUCAAAUACGUGCUUUUGCCCCCGGGACGCCGUGCCUUUCAGCCAUUAG